AUGAGGCUCUAUGCCACCGGGCUCUUCUCGUUUGAGGGCUCGGACACAUCUAGCCUAGCCGAUCAAUCGAGAUUGGACUUGAGAGAAAGACAGGGCAACCGAGCUCGCCGUGAGCCCGUGACGGCGACGGAACUCGGGAGCUCUGAUCUUCCUCGUCGCUUCUGGCGGCUCCCUUCUACGCUUGGUCACUCCUGCUUCCUUCCCGUUCUGUGCCAUCCGGGCAUCCGGCACCGGGACGGAGCUAUCGCCCCGGCCCCGAGGUCAGGGUUGCGAUGCCUCGGAUUUGUAUUCAUGUACGGGCGAAUUUGUUCCAGGGCAUUGGGUUUCUUGAUGGGAGACAGCAGCAGGCAAGAACCGUGGGUCAAACUCCAAGCGGAUGGCUGGCUGCGCAGACCUGCGUUGGGAUUGAACAGCCUGAUGCAGAUUCCCGAUAAGAUUCAGAGCUCUCUUAAGGUGCAUUUUGGGCGUUUCUUGAACAAGGAUGGUCAUGGCCGCCGCAUGAGUGCUGAGAUAUCGUCAGAGAAGGCGAAACAGUCGUGUUCUGCUGCUGCUGCUGCUGCUUCUGCGGAGAUUCGCUUGGAUAGGCAGCUCCAAGCUUGGUGGGACAAUCCUAGCUGGACCGACGAGCCGCCAGAAAUAAAGGUGACUGUACCAGAAGGUUCCCUUUGCAACAUCAAUCUGAGAUUUAAGGCAGGAUUACCACCGGAUGCAGUAUACAACAUUAUAAUUGAUCCAGAGAACAAAAGGGUGUUCAAGAAUAUCAAGGAAGUAAUAUCAAGGAAAGUCUUGCUUGACGAAGGAUCAAGGCAAAUAGUUGAAGUGGAGCAGGCAGCAAUCUGGAAGUUCCUGUGGUGGUCUGGCAUCUUAUCGGUUCAUGUUUUUGUUGACCAGAACAGAAAAAAUCACACUGUAAAGUUUAGGCAGGGGCGGACCGGUUUUAUGAGGAAGUUUGAGGGUUGCUGGAAAAUAGAACCCCUUUUUGUUGACAAGGAAUUAUGUCUUCCUCUAGACCCACAUACAUUGGAGGAAUAUGAAUCGUGUACUGGUGGUAGGGGAAGAGUUGGAUCUGCCAUUACCUUGGAUCAGCUUAUCGAGCCUGCUCUUUUACCCCCACCACCCAUUUCGUGGUACUUGAGAGGGAUUACCACAAGGACGACUGAGAUGCUGGUGAAUGACCUGAUAGCAGAAACUGCUCGAUUGCGGGGCAUCUCAAACAACGCGAUUGCCAAGCAAGUCCAUUCUAAUCUCCCUGAACAUUCAAAAGAAAAACAUUUUCCUGACUGUCAGUUGCCUGAAAGGUGGAUAAAUGGCCUGAUACCAAUUACUGAACCUGAUCCAAUCUGA